ACCCGGAACAGCAGAUUUCAUAAGCCAUGAAGCACCCGUCUUCCACAACACUGUCACUUUAUAUGGGGAAUUCAGCAUUAUAAAACAAUCAGUCAACUCCCUGUGGGUCAUUAACAACUCAGCAAGCAGCUGCACAAUGGAGACCUUUUAAAGGCUGUUUGUUUUUGAUCCAAACACUUUCUAAUAAGACAUGGGGAAUGUACUGAGACCAGCAACACCUGAGACUGAGAAAGCAUGCCUAGAGUCAACAAUGAAAGAAGCAGACAACACCACUCUGGUUGUGCUACAUGAUUACCCGCCUCCUGAUGUCAGCGAGCCUAUAUAUAGGGUUGGAGAGAAGCUGCGAGUGCUUUCUGAAGAAGGGAGUUGGUGGAAAGUUAUUUCAGUCAUUACAGGAAAUGAAAAUUACAUUCCGAGUAACCACGUGGCAAAGGUCUACCAUAGCUGGCUGUUUGAGGGAAUAGUAAGACUCAAAGCUGAGGAAUUGCUGCAACUUCCCAACAACAGAAUCGGAUCUUUCAUGAUCAGAAACAGCCAGACUGACAGUGGUCAGUACUCCCUGUCAGUCAAGCACAGAGCAGUGAAGCACUAUCGAAUCAGCCGCUUGCCCAACAACUGGUACUACAUCUCUCCUCGUCUCACUUUCCAGUGCUUGGAAGACCUAGUCAGUCACUAUUCGGAAACUGCUGAUGGCCUCUGCUGUGUCCUCACAAGCCCCUGCCUCACCCACAACAGCAUCCGCAACCUGAACCUGACCAAUCAGCCUCCACCUGUGGUGAUGCGUCGGAACCGAUUCACUUGGGACAGUGUGGAAAGGUCAGAGCUGAUGAAGGACGGCACAGUAGGUAACUGGGAGAACGACGAUUCUCUCCUAAGCUUUGGCUUACGGAACAGCAUUGCAUCCUAUUUGUCCCUGUCAGGAGAUCAGGAAGAUAACUCAAACAAAAGCAGCCGCAAGAAAAAGAGCAAAUCCAUGUAUGGGGUCCCGAGGAGUGCGGAAAACAACAUGAUUCUUACUGAAGAGGGUUUCUCUGAAGAGCAAGCUGAACAAGCAUGAAGGCCUCCGAGAACGGACACACACGUUCUAUUGACUCAGUGACUCCUCAAACGAAGGACUUCACAUUUACAGCACAUCUUCUGCACACAUUAGUGUUAUUCUGAUUUUUGGAAAACUGCUGUGUAUGGCAAACUGUUUUAUGGUUUCUACUUCUUUACGGGAGAUUAAGAGACUUUGUUAAAAAGAGAAAGAAGAAACGUCUUGCUGAACUGCCCCAUCCAAGCGCAUUGUGAUUUCUUUAUAUCUUUUAUUGCUCACAUGAUGGUCAAUUAAUCAUGUGCACCAGCAUGGAAUGCACAUAUAUGUUUUCCUGUGUGUACGGAUGUUUGUUUGUUUGUUUCUAUGAAAGUUUUGUGACCCUUAUAACUCGCGAGCGACCUGUUAUAACGAAACAUGCAGAGACUUUGGAUUGUCAAAACCUGUUGCUGUAAAUCAUUAGUACCGAACAUUUAAUUUUACUAGGGGCUUGUACAGUACAUAGUUCACAGUGUUCUCUUAUCAGUUUUCAAAUUAUAAUAGCUGUUUUUUGUCCUGUCGGAAAAAAAAUACUAAAAUGAUUGAGCAAUACUGAUUGAGUGACUUUCACCCCUAUUUUUUUUUUAAUCAAAGUCUAAGACAAAUGCCAAGCAGAAGGCUGUGUGGUCCAGUGGUUAAAGAAAAGGGCUUGUAACCAGGAGGUCCCUGGUUCAAAUCCCACCUCAGCCACUGACUCAUUGUGUGACCCUGAGCAAGUCACUUAACCUCCUUGUGCUCCGACUUUCGGGUGAGAUGUAAUUGUAAGUGACUCUGCAGCUGAUGCAUAGUUCACACACCCUACUCUCUGUAAGUUGCCUUGGAUAAAGGUGUCUGCUAAAUAAACAAAUAAUAAAGUAUAUGGGGAGAUGUGGCAACAUUUCACAAAUACUUUAAAUAGAUUAAUUCCAGUCUGAGGUAGUACUUAACUAAGAUAUACCUGUUCUAAAGUAUCAUUUCAAUGCCCUUCCAAAUUAUAUAUUAUUAUAUACACACAGCACAAGAAAAAAAGGCAAAUUAGCAUUAAAUAAUAUCCAGCCUUUUAGAUUUUCUGCAAAUUGAAAAUCUUUAAACUGCAUACGUUGCUGUACUCGUGUUAGAAUGUAUAUUCGCCUACAUGCAUACCUUAAACAAUAAAGAUCCAAGUCCAAAAUAUCUUGUUGCAGUAAAAAAAGGUACAAUUUUAUUAUUUAAUUUCUUACUUCAAUAUUUUAUAACGAAUAUCCACAACAAAAGAAACAAAACAAGCCACGGAUGUAUAUUUAAAAACUUGAUUUAUUUCACUUUUUUUUUUAUUUAUUUGUUUUUAUUUCUCACUCGAUAUAUUUAACUUUUGUGAAUUUCUUGAAAAAACAGCCACGGUAGGAUGUACCCGAAAAGAGAUUAAACAAAAACUGCCAGCUGUAGCUUGAUGAAAGUUUUCGAUCAAAUUUCUGUUUUUUAAACGUUUUCCUCACGUGCAGAGUGCAUGUUUUUUUCAACUUUUUUUUUUUUUUUUUUUUUUACGGUAAGGAAGUCUAUGUUUACAGUUCUAAUUAAGUCUUUGUACACAAGACGUCAACUCUUACCCAGUUUAUAAAUGCAGCUGCUACAGAUACGAUCCAAUGGGGACAUGUCCCAUAAUAUAAAUAACUCCUCAAUUCAAACCGUAAAGCUGAAGUAAAGAUGAAUACGAUUUAUUUUUUCUUUCGUGUCUUUAGCAUUCCAUCGUAGAGUUAGCUUUCUGUUCAUAUGAACAAUGAACACGGUGUGUGUGUGUUCAUCCAUCAUGUAAAUCAAUAGCAUCUGCUGGCGAUGUUUAUUCCUUUCUAUUUCAAAGGUUUCCUGUUUUUAUAAAGCACAUCCUUUUAAAUGUGCAUAUAUAUAUAUAUACCAUUUCAAAUGUACCGCCUACGUAUAGAAUACAAUGUAUUGUGUUUGUUCUCAAGUUGUUGAGGUAAAUAAACAUGGAUCAAGUCUAAUAAUACUGUAUUACAGGCAGUAAUGGUAAAUAUUACAAUGUACAUACAGUAUAUAAUGUAUUGAUGACCACAUGAAUGUUCUUAAUAUUGU